UCACUCAUUUCAUCCGCGCGCUAUUUCAUGACGUGAUGAAACUAUCAACACCAACAGUCUGCCUGCUAAUUUUCUCCCUAAUAUCUACUGUUGCCAUUGUUUGAGAUUUAGGAUUGAUGGGACCACAUGUGCUCUGGGAUUUGUCUAAGGUGUUUAAAAUACAUCGAAAGGGUUAGGGUUCAGAGGCCAGUUGUGGAGACUGUGUGUGUUUGACACCACUGUCCUCCAGGCUCCUGGACGCCUGCCCGCCUCAGGAGGGGGCAGGAUGUGAUGUCACAGCGGCGCUCCCUUCUUCCUGUCCGGCGGUGUGUGUGAGAGAGGUGGAGGCUCCACCCACACGGCGAGCAGACGAACAGGAGAGAUGUUUGAGGUGAAACCCCGUGGCGUGGAGAAGAAGGGCGGAAGCACAGAGACUGAUGACACCAGUAGCAGCAGUAAGCUGUGUGGUGGUGGGGGGUCGGGGUCGAUGGGCUCCCAGGGGUCAGAGUCUCUGUACCUGUAUGACAGCCAGGACUGGGUGAUCUCUCCCAUCUGCUCCCCUGAAGAGGAGCCCUGCCCCACCGCCAUCUCCCCCAUGCUGGCCGAGGAGACCUUCAGAUACAUGACUUAUCUUUCCCUGGAUCCCUCUUCCUACUCUCACCCUGGCUCCCGAGUUCUCAGUGCUGAUAGGGUGGAGCAGAUGACCAAGACCUACAAUGACAUUGAGGUUGUCACACAUCUAUUGGCUGAGCGGGACCGGGACUUGGAGCUGGCCGCUCGGAUUGGUCAGUCUCUGCUUCAGAGGAACCACCUGCUCCAGGAACGCAAUGAGUCUGUGGAGGAACAGCUAGCACAGGCCCUGGACCAGGUGCACCAGCUACAACAUGAGCUGGGGAAAAAGGAUGAGUUGCUGCGGAUGGUGGCCAGCGCUUCGGAGGAGAGUGAGACUGAUUCCAGCUGCUCAACGCCGCUGCACCCCCGCCAACCCCUAGCACCAGCUGUGGCCCUCAGCCAGCUGGAGGCCCUGCAGGGGAAAAUGUCUGAUCUGGAAGAGGAGAACCUGGCCCUACGCUCUGAGGCCCGUCAUCUGAAGACGGAGACCAUCACCUUCGAGGAGAAAGAACAACAGCUGGUCAGCGACUGUGUCAAGGAGCUACGUGAGUCCAACAGUCAGAUGGUGAACCUGACAGAGGAGCUGUCCCAUAAGAAUGAAGAGGUGAUGCGACACCAGGAGGAGAUUUCCCAGCUCCUCUCCCAGAUAGUAGAGCUCCAACACCGCGUCAAAGAGCUGGCCCUGGAGAAAGAGGAGCUGAGGAUUCACCUACAGGCCUCGAAAGAUGCCCAGAGAUCACUCACUGCAGAGCUGAAUGAGCUAGCGGACCGUAAUGUAGAGUGUGUGGGGAUGCUACAUGAGUCUCAGGAAGAAAUCAAGGAGCUGCGCAGUAAGAACACUCCGUCUGCAGGCAUGAGACGACACCUGCCCUACGGACUCUUCCCCAUGGACUCCCUGGCAGCAGAGAUUGAGGGCACCAUGAGGAGAGAGCUGAGUGUCGAGGACGAGGUGGCUUUCCAGGACCAGAAAGUUUCCCAGAAGAAGGUGUUUCAGACUGUACGCGUGGUCAACGAGUCGGUAGAGCGAGCUGCGGCGAUGGCCACGCCCCCUAUCCCCGGCUCGGGAGGCAGCUGCCUGGUGAUGACGGCCCAGCCCUUCCUGUCCGCACAGGGGAUCGACCAAUCCCACGGCCGCGCCAAUAGGGAGGAGGUCCCGCUCGGCAAGCCUGGCGCACCAGGAGGAAAUGACCUCGUGUCGGCGCUGCACCGCCUCUCCCUGCGGCGGCAGAAUUUCCUGUGCGAGCGGCAGUUCUUCCAGGCGGAACGCGACAAGAAGCUGGAGGCCCUGGCUGGGGGGCCGGAAUCGGAUGUGGAGGGGAGUGGCUACAGCUCACCAAUGAGCAGCGUCAUGUCAUCCUUCACCAACCUAUCAGAGUUCUCGGUCUCGUCCAGCUGUUUUAAGACCUUCCUGCCUGAGAAGCUGCAGAUCGUCAAGCCCAUGGAGGGCUCUCUGACUCUGCACCACUGGCAGCAGCUGGCCAUGCCCCACCUGGGCACCAUCCUGGACCCCCACCCGGGCGUGGUCACCAAGGGCUUUCGGCCCCUCCCCCAUGAUGCUCUCGCCGACACCGUCUACCGCCUCACUGACCUGGAGGAAGACGAAGAGGGAGGCGACGAAGAACAGAAAUAUGACAUGAGAGGAAACAGAGGGAAGGAAGGGACAGACGCCUGGGAGAAGAAGGGAGAGGAGGAAGAGGAGGAGGAAGGAGGGAUCACCUUCAAGGUGCAGUACUCAUCAACACCGGAGGAGAACAGGGAAAGGAUUAGGGAGCGUUUGCCGUUGAACAGGCCACCGGUGUCUCCCGUUUCUCCCGUUUUCGUACCAGUACCAGGCUCUCCACAGCUCCCUCUAAUCCCGAUCACCUGUGACCUCCCUAUGACCUCUAAUGCCCCCUGUGACAUCAUCAGUGUCCCGGCCCUCUUGGCUCUGCCCGUCAGUGUAACGUCCAUGGCUCCUGUCCAAUCCCAGAGCCUGACUGUCACCAGUCUUACUGCUACAACCUCCUCGUCAGUUUAUAACCCGGGGAAAUGUCAGAGUUCAACGUCUUCCACCUACACCUUUACAACCUGCCGCAUCCUGCACCCUUCUGACAUCACCCAGGUCACCUCCAGUUCCCACUGUCAGUCUUCUGUCUCAGAGUACACUCCCAGCUCCAUGAGGACAGGCCCCAGCACCCCGGUGACCCCCUGCAGGCUGAGUUUGGGGGUGGACUCUUUCCCCCCUCGCCGUCCCCCCGCCCCCUGUGGCCUGGCCAAGCUGGUCCUGGAGAGGGGCAUCUCUGCUUCCCUCUCCACCGCCGAUGCCCCCCCUCCCUCUCACCUUAAAGCCCCACUCCCCCAGCGUCUCCUCCCCAGCACGCCCCCCAACUCCCCGUCCCACUCGCCGACCCCCUCGCCUGUGCCCUUUGAGUCCCGCGCCUCGGCGCCAGCCACCUGUGACAACUUCCUGGCGUCGCGUCCGGCCGAGCUCUUCCUCCAGGAUGUGUAUGGGCUGAAGCUUGGCCGCACCCAUCGCCCCAACCUCCCCAGCCCCGACCCCACCUCACAUAGCUUCAGCCACGGCCCCAGAAUCAAAUCCAAAGCCAAACCCGACCCCAUCAAUGUAAACUUAGUCGAGAGGCUACGCCGGCUGGGAUUGGUCAAGGUUCCCCAGGGGGUGGAGCCGUUGUCAGAGUGCCUGGUGCGUCAGGACUCGGCCACCUUCCUAGCCACAGGCGGAGGCAGCCUAUUGGACGGCCUGCGGCGGAACCAGAGCCUCCCCGCUAUGAGUGGAGCGACGCGGGGAAGCCCCUCCCACCAUCUGGGCCAGGCCCCACCUCAGCCACCCACCUCCCUAGCCAUCGCCCCACCCCUCUGGGGCAACCUGAAGGGGCAGCGCUCUGUCCGCUCUAGGCCCGCCUCCACCUCCCAUGCCCCACCCCCUUCACUCAAACCAUGAAGAAGUUAUGACACUACAGGGAGACAGGGUUUGGAGGGGAGCCAGCACCGAACAGAAGCAUUUGGGCCCACACCCUCUCUCCUCUUUCCUCCCUCCACCCCUCCCUGCCUUGCUCCUUCUCCACAUCUCUUUUAGACUGAUAUUCGAUGAAGAAAAGGGCAACAAGUGGGGGGAAAAAGUCCCUCUCCUUUUUAUAAAUUCUUUUUAAAAGCACAAUAUUGUUAAAAAUGGAAAUGUGCAUUAAUGCCACGGUGUAUAUGCCAUUUUAAAAGCCUUAGAUUGCCUGCAAAGGGCUUUAUUAGCUGUUCUUAGCCUUGCCUGCCUUCCCCCUCCAGCCCUCUAGGAGCGCUGUAGGUAGACGUUCUCCCUGCUCUCUUCUGCUCUGCCCCUGCUACAGUAGUUAUUCAUCUGUGAGGCUCUGGAUGCUCAAAUAGAUGGGAAGAUGACCGAGGGGAUAAGUAAGUUGAUGAGGGCUUGAGAAUGUUUAGAGGGAUGGGGAAGAAGAGGUAAAAAGGGGAAGUGGCAGAAUGUGACAGAAUGUCAAGGAGAGGAAGAACAAACAAGAGAAAGAGACGAGAGGGAGACGAGGAGGACAGUGAUGAGGGGGGAUGAGAGAAGAGCAGUGUAAAGAGAGAGCUUGAGCCUCCAGAGCCUCAAUGUCUAGGGGCUUGUUGUUCUGUAGUUCGAAUAGCUUUCUAAAGUUCAUUUUUAAAAGCAGUAGAGUAGUUUUUCAUGUGUAUACACUAGCUAGACUCGCUACGCCCCUUAGCUUCUCUUAGGAACUAGGCUGGUGCCCAUGCACCUUACUACUGCCAGCCCGUUGCUAGGGAACUACAAUCUAGCCUUCCCAGUGUUACUACUAAUACAAUGAUCCUUUUGCUUUGCUGUCGUCAGGGGCAACUCUCUCUGUGCAUUGUAAUAGGCUACAACCAGUCUCUGAAAUGCAUGGUAUGUCCUGAAAACGACACACUUCUUUGCCUACAGGUCCCAGCAUGCACCUGGCCCUCUGGGGGUGGGUAGGACCCAGCCGUGCAGCGUGAUUGGCUGUAGUGGUCUGACUGACAGGUCCGAGGCUGCUCCUCCUCAGGUCUCCCAUAAGGAAGAGGUUGUAAAGCUUUAAAGGAGAAGCCUGUUUGUACUGUUGGGGUGUUUCUGGUUUAAAGCCAUGUGUAUAUUUUAUUAGACACUGAGUGGGAUUGGUAGGUUUUGUUUUGGAUGCCGUUAGCCUGGCCCCAGAUCUGUUUGUGCGGUCUUGCCAUACCCCUAUUGUCAUUGUCAUGUUACAGCACAAACUGAUCUGGAACCAGGCUAGGAUGCAGCUGGGAUGGACUAUUCCUCAGCUUGUGGAGAUCUGAGAGGAUUUGAUUGGUAUAACCAAUAUGGUGAAACUUCCACCUAGCCUAUCAGAGGGCACGGUAGAUGUAUUACCAAAUUGCUUACACCUGUCAAAUCCUGACAGACUCCCCACAAGUGCAUAGGGCUUAGAGGUCGAUUUGGGAUGGAAGGUUACAAGGUUAUUGACUGGAAACGGAGAACAUGGUAGUCGCUUAUCUCAGGCCCAUGGCGUGCUCAGGUCUGCGUUCAUUAGGGCACACCAUUGUGGAAUGUUCCAGUAGAAAAAUAUGCAGAACAACUAUGCCUCUGACAUAAGGAAUCACGUCAGCUCUAUUCUAGACAGUUCUAACGUUCCACAACGUUUACCUCCUCAACAUGCUCCUGGUACAAGAGGUUUGGUCCCAAACGGGGAACCAUCAGCAUCCUAGGUAGUAGUGGGUGUACUAUGUUUUGAUGCAGGUUAGCUCUGAGUCUCAUCUCAUGUAUGGUUCACUAUUACUGUGGUUAUGGACUUUAAAGGUACUCUAUUCACUCAGCGGCCAGUAGAGGGCAGCAUGGUGUUGUGUGAUAUUGAACAGCUAUGAGACUAACGGCCUCUAGUACCUUCCACUGUAAUGCUGUUUAUUUUAAAUCUGAAAGGACUUGAUGGGUGUAGCGGCAGAGCCUAAGCAUUCUGGGGAAAUUCCAGCUAGCCUAUCAGAGGUCAAGGUCAAACAAAUCCACUAUUGUUAUUCCUUUCAGGUCUACUGGAGUGUGUAGUGGGGAGGGCCUAGACUAGAGCCUGGGUACCUGUCUGUGUUCACAUGACACAGAGUACAUGACCUGGAAUGCUAGCAAGACAGGUUCUGUAUUUCAAGCUAGCUAGACUAGUGUGUGACCCUUUGACCCGGUGCCCUUUGACCCAUACUUGACCCCUGGUGUGACUCUCAGACGUCCCUGCUAUGCCUCUUUCCUUACCGUCCGUCCAUAUGACCUGUCCCACUCAUGUACUGCACUUUUUAACCUGAUUUACAGAGAUCACUAGUUAGGAAAUAUUAUUAGUGACAAAUAUUGAUAUUUAGACUAGGUUAUAGCAUCAAAUACUGUAUCAUUAUCUAAGUUAUUUAGCAUUUCAUGUAGACAUUUAUUUUAGAUGUUUUGUUGUGCCUCCAUUGUGUGAUGAACCAUUGAAAAGGGAAUCCAAGCUGUCAUGUUUUUAAAACUGUAUAUCAGUGCAAACCAAAACUCAUUUUUAAAUACAGUGAAAUGCUUUGUGUUGGCUUCUGUGUGUUGUAAUACCUAUUACCUAUGUAACCACGAGGAAAGAGCAUCAGUUUUAUACUAGGCUUUCUGCUCUGGGGGGGGGGUAUAGGAGGAGAGGCUGUUCGUUCUAUUGAAUCUAGUUCUAUGAUUCACACCGUUGGCUCUAUUGAAUGUAGCUGAUGGGUGAUGGUGCAGGUUGUUAUGGGCUCUGUGUAGUUGGAAGUGUCCAUUAUUGGUUUUCAACCUGGCGCCUCUCCUCCAUGCUUCAUAUCCUCCAUGCUUCAUAUCCUCCAUGCUUCAUAUCCUCCAUGCUUCAUAUCCUCCAUGCUUCAUAAAAUACCCAAGAUGACCUUUUUGGUGCUUUUGCUUUAAUAAAGGAAAUGAUAAAU